UAUUUUGCUUACGAUAAUUCUUUUACAUAUACUUUGAGAUUCACCGCUGUAUCAAAUGUGAAAUAUCUAAUAAAUAACGAUUUUCAGUUUUUAUUUUCUUUUUGAAGCCAAAUGUCCAACUGCCAUGUUCUUUGUUUCUUACCCGUCAAACAUUCAACCGUUUUUUCCCGCCUUAAUCACACCCUGAUCUCAGUCCACCAAUUUAAGUCCCAAACUCACCAAAUCCUCCAUUCUCUACUCGAAAAAUGCAAUUCCAUGAAACAAUCGAAGCAAAUCCAUGCUCAAAUCAUCCUCAAUAACCUCACCGAUCAGACUCUUACUCUAGGCAAGUUAGUCUCUUUCUGUGCUGUUUCUGAUGCGGGCAAUCUUGACUACGCGCACCUUGUAUUUAACCAAAUUUCUAUACCCAAUAAGUUCAUGUACAAUAGUCUAAUAAGGGGUUACUGCAAUAGUAAUAGUCCAAUAAAGUCUAUGUUUUUAUACCGCCAACUGAUUGAUUCUGGUCUUUCACCAAAUGAGUUCACUUUCCCUUUUGUACUUAAAGCUUGUGCUUCCAAAUCGGCGCAUUGGAUGUCCAUGAUUGUUCAUGGGCAUGCUCAAAAGCUGGGCUUUGCAUCAUUAAUUUGCGUUCAAAAUGGUUUGAUUAAUGCUUACAUUGCUUGUGGGUUUAUUCGAUAUGCACGGAAAAUGUUUGAUGAUAUGUCUGAGAGGAGUUUGGUUUCUUGGAAUUCCAUGAUUGGUGGGUAUUCUAAAUUGGGUUGGUGUAAAGAAGUGUUUUUGUUGUUCAAAGAGAUGAGAGAAAUAGGAACGGAGGCUGAUGACUUUACUCUAGUUAACUUGCUUUUGGUCUGUUCACGGAGGUGUGAUAUCAAUUUAGGUAGGUUUGUGCAUUUGUAUAUUCAGAUUACAGGAAUGAAGAUAGAUUUAGUUGCGAGGAAUGCUUUAAUUGAUAUGUAUGCUAAAUGUGGGGCUUUGGUAUUGGCUGAAAGAGUUUUCCAGCAGAUGCCAAAUAAGAAUGUGGUCUCCUGGACUUCUAUGAUUACUGCAUAUGCUAAACAGGGGCUUGUAGAAUAUGCUAGGAAAAGUUUCGACCAGAUGCCAGAGAAGAAUGUGGUUUCUUGGAAUUCAAUGAUUUCAUCUUAUGUUCAGGGAGGUCAAUGCAGGGAAGCAUUGGAUCUGUUCCAUGAGAUGCAUAGUUUCAGAGUGGUGCCCAAUGAGGCUACCCUACUUUCUGUUCUCUCAGCCUGUGGUCAAAUUGGUGAUUUAGUCAUGGGAAAGAAAAUCCACAAUUACAUAUGUGGCACUAGUAGUAUGUAUAGUGUUACACUGUGCAACUCACUUAUAGACAUGUAUGCAAAAUGUGGUGCCCUUAGGAUUGCCAUAGAUGUCUUUAACGAGAUGCCAAAUAAGAAUUUAGUGUCUUGGAAUGUAAUUAUCGGUGCCCUUGCAUUACAUGGUUAUGGAGUAGAAGCUGUUGAGCUCUUCCGAAAGAUGCAAGCUGCAGGUGUAUGGCCUGAUGAGAUAACCUUUAUGGGAUUGCUUUCUGCUUGUAGCCAUAGUGGUCUUGUAGAUAGUGGGCUGUAUUACUUUGACAAAAUGAGCUCUAUCUAUGGUUUUAAACCUGAAAUCGAGCAUUACACAUGCAUGGUUGAUCUUCUUGGACGAGGAGGUCUCUUAGGUGAAGCAGUUAGGGUAAUAGGAGUAAUGCCAAUGAGACCUGAUAUUGUGAUAUGGGGUGCCUUACUUGGAGCCUGUAGGACUCAUGGAAAUGUUGAGAUAGGGAAACAAAUCCUUAAACAGCUGUUGGAAGCAGAGCCAUACAGUUCAGGGGUUUAUGUGCUUCUUUCAAACUUAUUUUCUGAAGCUGGAAGAUGGGAAGACGUGAAGAAUAUCAGGAAAUUAAUGAAUGACAAUGAGAUCAUCAAAUGCAGAGCAGUUAGCUUAGUUGAAAUUGAGGGACGUGUCUAUAAAUUCAUGGUUGAUGACAAGACACUUCAAAUUUCAAGCAAUGUUUAUUCCCUACUUGAUCAACUAUCUGAUCAUCUGAAGUCAAUAGGGUACUACUGCAACAUGUCCAGUAUGGUUCCAGAAUCAUGGGAAACUAGUCGGUAACCUGGGCGUUGCGAGGGUUAUAACUUAAUAUUUUUAUGAUUUUUUUAAAAAUGAUAUUAUUUUACUAAAUUUCCUAAAAUUCUUUACUCCUGAGCUCUAAUUUUAGCUUAAAAUUAGAGUACAUAAGUUAACCCAAGAAUGAAAAUUCAACAUCUAUGUAAGAAACUUGCAAAGAAAAUGAAUCUUCAUAAUUAUACAUGAA